CUACAUUUACACCCACCAUUAAGCCAACACGUGAAAUAAUUAGUAAACAUGGGAAAAGUUAAGAAAACAAAAUCAUCCAAAACUGUUACGGAGGACGGGGAGAAGUUUGUUCCACUAGCAGAUCAGAUUCUAGACGACAAAACUUUGAAGUCCACCGGGAGAGUGAAAGUCAGGAAUCGGAAGGAGAAAGAUGACGAGUAUGUUGAUGACAAGCUUUCCAAAAGAAUUUUACAACAAGCCAGGCUUCAACAAGAAGAACUUCAGGAGGAGCACGGGCUGAAGGGGAAAAGAAGUGAUAAACGUGGUAAAAAAGCUGCAGCUCCUCAGACAUCUCUUGGACCGAGGAAAAGUGAGGAGGAAUCUGAAUCAGAGGAGGAACUCGAGGAUGAGGAGGAAUUCUAUGAGUCUGUUGAGGUUAAUGAAGAGGAUGAGAGAGCCCUUCAGAUGUUCAUGUGUAAAGAACCUCCAGUCAGACGGACCCUGGCUGACAUUAUCAUGGAGAAAAUCACCGAAAAACAGACUGAAAUUAGGAGUCAAAUGUCGGAUAAUGCCAGUGUCCAGAUGCAGCAGUUGGAUGACAGAGUUGUGAACAUGUAUAAAAGCGUCAGACCCAUUUUACAGAAAUACCGCAGUGGAAAGCUGCCUAAAGCCUUCAAAAUCAUCCCAAGCCUCAGGAACUGGGAACAGGUUUUAUACCUAACAGAACCCGAUUCCUGGUCAGCGGCAGCCAUGUAUCAAGCCACUAGGAUCUUUGCCUCAAACCUCAAUGCUAAAAUGGCUCAGAGGUUCUUUAAUUUAGUUUUACUUCCGAGAAUCAGGGAUGACAUUGCAGAGUACAAAAGACUGAACUUCCAUCUGUACAUGGCAGUUAGGAAGUCGCUGUUUAAACCUGCAGCAUUUUUCAAAGGAAUUCUUCUUCCCCUGUGUGAGGCUGGGAACUGUACGCUGAGGGAAGCAAUCAUUCUCGCGAGUAUUUUGGCCAAAAGUUCUGUCCCCAUGCUACAUUCUGCGGCUGCCAUAUUGAAGAUUGCUGAGAUGGAUUAUAAUGGGGCAAACAGUAUUUUCUUGAAGACUUUACUGGAUAAAAAGUAUGCACUCCCUUAUAGGGUGGUGGAUGCUGUUGUUUUCCACUUUCUUGGAUUCCAAAGAGAUAAGAGAGAGCUGCCUGUAUUAUGGCACCAAUCACUUCUGACAUUUGUACAGCGAUACAAGGAGGACAUUUCUAGUGAACAAAAGGAGGCAUUAAUGGAACUGUUACGUGCACAAACUCAUGACAAAAUUACUCCUGAAAUUCGACGAGAACUCGUACACUCUAAAUGUCGGGACACUGAGGGGGAACCACCAGGAGGAAGUAGUGUGAUGGAGGACGAUUGAUAGGCAUCAUUUGAUUUGUUCUUCUUAGUGAUCUUUCUUAUGGAAUGUUUUAAACCAUCACAGAAGUAUACAUGUAUAGAAUCUUG